AUGCUGGCAUGGCAGGACGGCGGGGCCAAGGCGGCUCCCUCCCACCACAAGAUCUCCUUCUCUGUCCUGGACAUCCUGGAUCCGCAGAAAUUCACCCGCGCUACGCUCCCAGCCGAGCGCCCUGCUUCCCGGGAAGCCAAGAAAAGUUUGGCAGAGGCCGAAGCGGGGAAGGACGCCGGCCUAGGGGACUCAGCUCGGCAGCGGGAGACCCCUGACGCUGCGGAUCGCGGCGCGGGCACUGCGUCCCCCUUGGAGGGCUCGGAGGCCGAGGAGGCGGAGGAGGAGGAGGACGAAGCCGAGGACGCGGGCCAGCGGCGGCCGCAGGAGCGGGCAGCGCGCUUGCAGGCGGACCCGGCGCGCUCCCCCGAGUCCCGGGCGGCGGCGUUGGCGGCGGGGGAGCGGGGCACCCGUGGGCUCGCGGGAUCCCCGGGCUGGCCCGGCUCCCCGCGGCCCCGGCGCCGGCGCUCCGAGCCCCGCUGUGCCAAACCGAGGCGCGCGCGCACCGCCUUCACCUAUGAGCAGCUGGUGGCUUUGGAGAACAAGUUCCGGGCCACGCGCUACCUGUCCGUGUGUGAGCGCCUGAACCUCGCGCUGUCUCUCAGCCUCACUGAGACGCAGGUCAAAAUCUGGUUCCAGAAUCGCAGGACCAAGUGGAAGAAGCAGAACCCCGGCGCCGACGGUGCGGCACAGACCGGGAGCGGCGCGCCCCAAACCGGGGCUCCCGGGACGGCAGCUGGAGCGGGCGGCGGCGGCGCGGGGGGCAGCCCGGGACCCCCCGGCUCCGGCGCACUGCCCUUCCAGACUUUCCCCUCCUACGCGGCGGCCAACGUCCUCUUUCCGGCCGCCACCUCCUUCCCUCCAACGGCCGCAGCCGCUGGGGGCCCCUUUGCGUCCUUCCUCGGGCCCUCCUACCUGACCCCUUUCUACGCUCCGCAUCUAUGA